GUUUCCUAGCUACUAAACUAAGAAUCUAACAUACUCAAAGAACCUCGCUCAUAUCUUCCCUAAAAGCAAGAACAUGGCCAAAUCCAAAAUCCUCUUCUCUCUUCUCUUCCUUCUCUCCACCCUCUUUGAACUCUUUUCUUCCAUUAUUGUCACCGCGGAGCACCCUCCUUUCCACCGAAGCAUCUCUCUUAAAUCUUUACACCUCCACCGGCAGAAGCUCAGCCACCUGCACUUCUAUUUCCACGACACUGUUAGCGGCCCAAGGCCCACUGCCGUCAGGGUGGCCCAGGCUCAUAUGACAGACAAAUUCCCAACACUAUUCGGAGCCGUGACGAUGGCGGAUGACCCAUUGACCAUUGGGCCUGAACCGGGAUCCAAGCUUAUUGGAAAGGCCCAAGGAAUUUAUGCUUCAGCUUCUCAGAAUGAUGUGGGGUUAAUGAUGGUGAUGAACUUGGAAUUUUCGGAAGGGAAGUAUAAUGGAAGCACGUUGAGCUUGCUGGGGCGCAACGCAGUGUUUUUCGCCGUUAGGGAGAUGCCGAUCGUCGGUGGAAGCGGGGUUUUCCGGUUUGGUCGCGGAUAUGCUGUGGCCAAAACUCACUUGUUUAAUACCACCACUCUAGAUGCUAUUGUAGAAUACAAUGUUUAUGUAUUUCACUAUUAAUGCAUGGAAAAUACAAUGUCUAUAUAUGUAUAUUCCACCAAAUAAUUAGUAUUUUAAUUAGGGUGGAAACUCAAGUGCAGUCGACUUCACGUGAAGUUGAUAGUUAAAAGUUGUUAGAUGAAAAUUUAGUCAAAUCAAUCAAAUAAUCUAACGACUCUCAGUUAUCAAUUUCACAUAAAGUUGACUACACUUGAGUUUUCACCUUUAAUUAGUUUUUAUUUGGAUUUUCA